AUGCAAAACUCAAACACAGGCGACACCACAUCAACCUCUCAUACAACGCUGCCGCAGCCACCAUCAAAAAAUUCGGAAUUUUCCUUCCUCACCAAUUCCGAUGGUUAUUCAUCAAUAGAAGAUGAAGAACAAUUUUCCAAAUUAAAACCAAAACGAUAUGGUGGAGAGUUGGAUGAGGGACAUGCCUUUUACUUCUCCGAUAUGAUUGAUAUUAUGUCGAAGGAGAAGGAUUUGAAUAGAAAGUUUUAUCGGAUGAGAGUUUUGUUGCACGGGAGUAGGGAGAAGAAGGAACGACCAUUGUUUCAGCAUGAAUCUGAUGUGGUAUUGUCGUGGACUUCAUCAUUGAGGGCUUCGGAGGUGAUGUAUCGAUCAGUGCAAGCUUUUGGCACUGGAUUGGAACGUGAUUUGCAGAAAUUGGUUGAGUUUGGACUUGUGAAUCACUUGUUGAUAUUUAUUACACAUGGAUAUAGAUUUAGAUUUUGGGAUGAGGGAGCUCCUACGAGAGAUGAUGUUUCAGUAGAUCAUUUCCUAUAUGAACCACGCAAUUUUCAAGAUAUGUCGCUUCACUAUCCAAUGUAUGCUGCAGAAACAUUAUUGUUAAUUCUUAAACACUCGGACUGGAAUACCUUUUUGGCAAUUAUGGAACGAUACUUUUCUAGUAAGCAAAAUGGACCUAGAAGUAGUAAAUUAAUUAAUGAUGGAAAGCACACCAUUAUGAAUGGUGUCGGUGUAUUUUACAAAUCAUUGAAAUAUGGAUUGGCAGGAAUGAAGGAAACUAUACUCGUCAUUCUCAAAACCAUUCACACUCGAUGCAAAACAUUCCAAAAGAAUAUACUCUACAAUACUAAAUUCCCACUCAUUGAAGCAUUGUUUGAAUGCAUCGAUUCUCUGACGCCAGAGAAUCUCUGCAAAGAACUCAGCACUCUUCCAGGUGAAGCUCAAAAGAGGCAUUUUGGUAACAGGUUUGACCCUACUACAGAAAGUGGAAAAAUUGUAAUAGGGUAUUGGACAGAAAAUGUUAGAGAUUCAAUUGUUGAUGUUAUUGGAAUCUUUUUAAAUGAAGCCAAGAAAAAUGGCAAUAGAAAAAUGUAUUUGGAUCCAAAGUAUGUCUUUCCGUGGACUGAGGAAGAAAUCAAGGUCAAGCCAGACAGAGCAAACUAUAACAAAAUAUUGCACCGAAUGACAGAUCUGAUUUAUCAAAAGCCACUCACUGAAUUGAAAGUGAUACAAUAUCAUUAUUGGUUACCUGGAAUGUUUUCAAACAUGCUAUUUGAGAAGGAAGUUUGUGACAGCUCUAAUUCCUUGGAACAAGUGAUUGACAUUGAUUAUCAAUUAUUGGACUUUAUUUCAGGAGAGGAUGAAAUGUUGGACAAGUUGUUUGGCUUUAUGAAGAGAUUGUAUCAUGAUCCAAUGUACAAAUUGUCAAACUUUCUCGAGUCAACACGUCGCUUUUUGAUUGCUCACGAUGGAACUGAUCAUCCAUUCGAAAUUACACAUAAUAAGUUCAGACAUUUGAUGGAAAUGAUAGAGUUAUCAAUGGUGGAUUUACUUUCUUGGAUUACAUGCAAUUCUUUAACAGCUUACAAAUGUGUACAAUAUGAUAAUCACAUUCUAAUGGAGGAUUUUCUUAAGCAAGAUAACAACUUUACGGAAUAUUUAAAUAUGGAUGUAUUUUCAAAACCUGCUCUUUCAUUCCAUUCAAUACUAGAUGAAACAGAAGGCUACUAUUCUAUGGGAAGGAAUACAUGCAUUCUCUCCAUCAUACACAACAUGUUCAUUGCCGCUCCUGAGCAUGCCAAUAGGCUGCCGGAUAUACAUAACUUGCUGCUUAAAGGUGUAAUCGAAAAUAAGGAUCUGAUUAAUACUUGUUUUGUGAGUGGCAUUAAGAAUUAUCAAAUUGGAUUACAUGCUUAUAUAAGUUUAUUUAGAGUGUUUGGAGAGUUAAUGGAAGAGUUUGUUGGAAAGGCACAAGUCGAUCAACAAAGAGCCAUACUUUCUAGUAACAUUGGUGAAAUGUGUUUGAGAAUUGAUAAACAUGAUCUUGCCGAAAAGUAUCUGAAAUACUCCCUCAAAUAUGAUCCAAAUAACGAAAAGACAAAGAGAAGACUUGAUAGAGUAAAGAAAUAA